CUCAUUUUAUAAAUUUAAUCCCGUUCGUUUAGAAACGAAAUGAAACUCCUAACUGUCCGACUCCUUCGCUCUGGCUAAUUUCUGAGGAACAGAAGUAAAAUGAACCACGUGAGUGGAAAGAGGCAACAGUUAAAAGUCCUCCGAAUGUUGAAACUCUGGAAAUGCGGAGGACAGCUGGAAAAGGCUUGAACACCGCUUUCCUAUAUGUCUGUAAUAAUGAGUGCCUGGCAAAGGAAGACAAAGCAGUUGUAUUUCUGACAAGACCUAUUUAGGAAGCACUUCAUAUUUUUAGUAAUUUUCAAGUAACUCAAGAGGAGGCCAGCUAUGAAACCGUAUUACUGAAUUUACGGCAGUCCGAGUAGAAGGGAAGCAUACCAGUAACACGCUUUCAGGCAGAGCACAGAAAUGAAGAUAAAGCAUCUGAAAGAUGAUGACACAUUUUCCAAUGUGUUUUGUGAAAACUCUAAGAAGCUUAUCAAUGUACAUUUAUUUGCCCUGGCUGCUAAGUAUUAUUCUUUCUCUAACCUUGGAGUGUGCACCCCAUUAGAAGACGUACUUGAAGCACUGAGAGGAGACAAUCAAGGAAAAACAGGUAUCAAAACUGAUGAGUUUAUGAAUAAUAAGAAAUCACAUGAAGUGCAGGUGAUGUCAGAGCUGGUAGACAGCAUAGCGAAUUAUUGUGGUAUAAAGCAGGUCAUUGAUAUAGGUUCUGGAAAAGGCUACCUGAGUUCAUUUUUGUCCAUGCAAUAUAACUUAAAAGUUUAUGGAAUUGACUCCUCAAACACCAACACUAAUGGUGCUCAUGAAAGGAACAGAAAAUUGAAGAAACACUGGAGAGCAUAUCAGAGUCGAGGAAGAGCAAACCUCAAAAGCCAGAGGUUGGAAGAGGCAAAUGACAGGCCAGUGGAAAGUGAAAUUAAAUGUAAAGCAAUCGGUGAAAAGCCCUUAAAUAACGACAGCAGUCUUCAAAGUCAGGACCAAGUGACUAUCCAGAAUUUAGUUCCUUCUUGUGGUUUCACAGAAGUAGCUACAUCUGAAACCAGCAAACAAACUGAAGUUGAUUUGGUGACUCGGACACAAUCUGAUGAGAGCAAACUUUCUGAAGAGGUUCUUGCUAUUCUAAAUGUUCUGCCUGCUGAUGCUGUAGAAGUUUCUUCUUCGUCUCAGUGUAGCUGUGGGGAACUCUGUGAAGAGGAAAGGGCGCAAAGAAAAAUGGCAUCUCUCAAGGCUAAAGCAAGCAAGUCGAGUGAAUCAAACCUGUAUUUUCCGUUGACCUCUUGCAUCACUGCAGAAACAGAACUCAGUGACAUCAUAACAGAUCUGGAGGACUGUAUGAUGGUGGGUCUACAUACAUGUGGCGAUCUUGCUGCAAAUACACUACGAAUUUUUACUGCCAAGCCUGAAAUCAAAGCAGUUUGCAGUGUAGGCUGCUGCUACCAUCUGUUGUCAGAACAGUUUGAAAACCAAGAAGAUUGUCCAGAGGAAGUGUGGGGAUUUCCCAUGUGUCAGUACUUGAAGGACAAGGGCUGGUGCUGUGGUCGCAAUGCUAGAAUGUCAGCAUGCUUGGCUUUGGAGCGAGUUGCAGUUGGCCAAAUGCUGCCUACAGAAUCAUUGUUUUAUCGAGCUGUUCUUCAGGUUAUUAUAGAAGAAAUUUAUGGUGUCACCAAAAGUGAUCGACAUGUUGGAAAAACUUUCUCCAAAUCAUCCUCCUUCAUAGAUUAUGUCAGAAAGUCUCUGAAAAAGCUGGGACUGGAUGAUUCAAAGCUCCCAGACAGCUGUAUAAUGGAUUACCAUGAAAAAUACAAGCACAGAAUGAAUGAGCUUGAAGCAUUUAAUAUGUUGAAGGUUGUUCUGGCUCCCUGCAUAGAAGUUUUGAUACUUCUGGAUCGUCUUUGUUACCUCAAGGAGCAGGACAACAUUGCCUGGUCUGGACUUGUGAAGUUAUUUGAUCCCGUGAAAUCCCCCAGAUGCUAUGCAGUUAUUGCUCUGAAGAAACAGUCGUGUUUUUAAGUGGAAGCAAAUUGCAGAUAGGUUGAAAGCUCUGAGCUGAUACUGCUGUUUCCUCACUUUUAUUCUGUUAUUUUUAAUUGAUUCCUCAAGUACACUGGCUGCUUUUCAGCUGCAAAAGUAAAAAGCGCAAUGUCUCUUUGAAUCAUGAGAAAUAAAGAUCUCCUUUAUAAAUA